GAAACAGAAGAUACAGGUUUAGGAACAACUUAUACCUUCACUAUAGAAAAAGAGGGAUGCCUGGUGUAAAGCGCUCGGCUGAUUAUCAGCUUACAAGCGAGAAUCAAGACGACGAGAUUUAUCAUGAAUACGAAACCGCCCCAAGUAUUGCAAGCGAAGAGGAAUUAUCUAAACGCCGUUUCCUCAAGGUGAGACGUGACGCCUACUCUACGGGGGAUGCUCAGACAACUCCAUCCACUACAGGGGGCCUCUUUAAAAAUCUGCGCCAGGCUGCGCCCAAUCCCACGCUCAACGGGGGAGCCUCCUUCAACUUUGGCGGAAAGCUCAGCAACAAUACCAACGGACUUGACGCCAGCACAAGUGGCAAUGGCUUUGGCAUUGGAUCGAAGCCUAUUGUCAAGUUGCCGCAGGGAGAUAGCGCAGACGCUGCAGUCUCUUCUGCCCCCACCUUUAUGUUCGGCUCACAGGCAUCCUCAUCUGGCGCUACGAAGGAUACCAACAAGCCUUCUUUUUCGUUUGCUUCUGGUGCAGGUAAUGGUGCGGCUGAGAGUGAUGGGUCAGUUGAAGGAGACAAGACUCAGCAGCAGACUGGUCAUUUAUUUGGGUCCAGUACGUUCAGUUUUGCAGGCGCCGUCAAGUCAUUUGUGGAUGCGCGCAAAAGACUUGAAGAAGAUCGGAAAAACGCGACAGAAAAUAAUGAAGACAAUGCCCUAAAUACCGAAGGAGACGACGCGCAUCACGAGGCAAAGGACCAUGAAAGUGGUGAUACUGCGGAUAAGUUUGAAUCGCACUCUAUUGUCGCCAGAACCGGCGAGGUCCUCGUUUCAGCACCAUGCAAAUUAUUCUUGUUUGAUUCAAAGGAUAAAAAAUGGCUGGAUCGCGGCGAAAGUGAAGCAAAGGUGAAACGCGAGCAUUACGAUGGGCCUGAAACGACAAGUGGGAAUGCACCAGAUGAUGCCUGCAAGGAGAACAGUAACGCUGCCCAUCAUUGUUAUCGUCUCCUUGUUCGCAAUGGCUAUUCGUUGAACUCUUUGAUAGGUAAGAAUGUAUUUGUUUUGGGAAAGGAAGGUCCUAAGCACAUCGUCUUUUCUGUUAGUAAUCUGGAAGGCGGUGUUGCGAAUUACCUGUUGAAGUUCACUGGACCUAACGGCGAGUCCAACACGAAGAAAUUUCUUGAAGAGAUAAGAAAGGCGAUGUCGGCUUGUGAGCAAUGAAUUCUCAAACUAACAGCCACAAAUAGAGCUCUGUUUAAUAAUGAGCUAUUAAUUAAAAUGACUUUUAUAUCAAUACAACUAAUGGUAUUAAUGAUGCUAUACAAAGAAAUUAGUGUUGAGGCUUAAUAGGGGGUUUCAUCUAUUUUCUCAUCACAUAACCGUUUAAA